CAAACAACACGUACCUCGUCAUAUUUGGUCACAGCUUCUUUGAUACCAUGGCUAAUAUUGGAUUCUCCGAUAGCCAACAAUGGAGAGCUGGUGCCCCUGUCAAUCUUGUCGAUGGCCUUGAUGACUGGCUCAAGCGUCUCUCCCAAAUGGCGAAAGGUGUCUUGGAUGCGAAGCCGAGAGAGAAUGCAGAGGUAACUGCGGCCUCUGACAUCGAGAAUAAGCCGCAGAUAAAGGGCGUUCCUUUUGUCAUAGUCCAUCUCGUGUCCACGGUGUUGGCCAAGGAACCACGAGAGAAUUUACCCCAAUCCAAUUUAGCAUCUGAUCUCGAAGGCUUACUCGGGGCCUCGGGCUCAGGAUUGAAUACUGGUCAGCUCGGAAAGAUCGCGGAAAUGAUGGGCAAGCUGUCAUCCCUGGAGCAGAGCUAUGCAACGUCACCUAGGCUGGUUCAGAUGAGAUCAUCGCUAGCAUGCAGGCGUAUGACGACUGACUGGUUCCAAAACAACAUAGAGAAUAUCUUGUUCAACAACCGGAUUCUCCAUGGUUACACGCAUGUCCCCGGGACUGGACUCGUGGCCAAAGCCCCAAAGCGAGCCUUCGCAAUUCGUCGUCCAGCGGGGGCACUCUCUCCCCAGCUCGGCGAGGUAGCGAAAGUCCCAGCCACUCCUUCGCCACAGGGAAGUGCGACGGGAAGCUCUCAGGCUCCCGCCAAGACCAACGGAGCGAAGAAGGAUCCUGUGAAGGAAUACUUGAAACCUCCCCAGAACACCGUUCCUGGUGUUCCCUCUUUCUACGUGGAUGAUGACUCCAAGGUCACGGUUACGGAGACGAGGACUGCCUUCCAACGGUCCAUGGCUAGAGAAGGGUUUACUUCCACUGCCAUCGAGGCCAAUGCGUAUGUGUGGAGUCCCAUCUGGUAUCACAGUGCUGACGUCUUUCACCCCCUGUUCAGGAGCGGACUCCCUUUCGGCAAAUCGCUUUCAGCAUCUGCUGCUCUGACGGAGGAGAACUCCUAUAAAAAAGAGAAAUUGGAUCAAGAGACAGAUUUCACUUUAAAAGUGGCCUACAAGUUUCCCCGCGUGGCAUUAGAUCUAUCCUCCGAGUACCUGCAGCUGUCCGAUGAGUGCGUGAAAGCCAUCAACAACAUCUACAGUGCGAACGACAAAAUCAAGUUCAUCAAUGACUACGGCGCUUGGACUACAGGUGAUGCGUUCCCCAGCAAGGUCAUCCUGGGCGGGUUUCUCCGUAGCAGCAGGGAUGUCAAAGUCAAGACUACUGAGCAACUUGAUGCAGCCAAGGAAGAGACUCGCAAGGCUGCUGGGCUCAAUUUCGCAGCGCCGCAAGUGAGCUAUGGCAUGAAUUAUGCGAACACUACUAGUGAGACAAAGACCUCUAGCCAGGGUCAGACGGUCGGGAAUGCUGCCUUGACUUGGGAGGCCCGCGGGGGAGAUACAGUGCUUUGCUCAAACCCUUCAGCAUGGGCAGCGACCGUGAAAGACUGUCGUUAUUGGAGAAUCACCGAGCAAUCACAAACAGUGUCCCUGGUCAGCGUGAUCGACGGUAUCGAUCCUAACAUGGCGCACAAGGUGGAGUACCCAGACCAGGAGCAUGGAAGCACUCCAGACAACACAAAGCUCACGGAAAGAGAGCUCAUCGAUAAGGCAACAAACCUACUUCAGGGUCCAGAGACCUCCAAACCGAUGCAGAUCAUACUCAACGCUUACAAUGCCGACAGUGACAACAGGCAAUAUAAUGACUGGGUCACGAAAGAGAAGCCCCAAAAGGUUGACCUUCUGAGAUCAAAGAACGUGACGAGCGCAUGGUCAGACAUUUCGCCGUCACAGCAGAUCUACUACAUUAUCUUUCUCCACAAGGAAAAGAAGCUGGAUGUGUUCUCUUGAGUCCGAUUGAGGCAAUCACCACCGAGUAGAAUGACUUGCUGGCAUAAUCAGCCCCAGAUUUCGCAGUCCGCACGAGCCUUAC